AUGGGAAAGAAGGAAAAGAAGGAUCGCCUCAAGAAGCAACAAAAGCGUAAAGCCGAAAUGGCUUUGGAAGAAUCCGCCAAACGAUUUGAUGAUGAUCACGAGGAAGAGCAAGCGGACACUCCUUUGAGUGACCCUGAAGAGGCUGAUCAAGAAGAGGAAGUUGGUACUCCACCACCAAAAGAGAAAAAGCGGAAAAUGUCCAUCGAUGGUUCCGAAAAGAAGGAGAAAAAGUCCAAGAAGAAAAAGAAGAAGAGUAUUGACGGUGAUGCAGAUCAAGUUGAGAAGGAAAUCCCUGCAGAGGCUGUUUCCUCCGUCAAGAAGGGAUUCUUUUCCGACGACUCCUUUUCGGCACUUCCUUUGACCGAAGAUACCCAAACUGCCUUGACCAACAUGGGCUACGAGAAGAUGACAAAAAUUCAAGCCAAAUCCAUUCCUCCUCUAUUGAAGGGACAGGAUUUGAUUGGUGCCGCACAGACAGGAUCCGGAAAAACCUUGGCCUUUUUGGUUCCCAUUGUCGAAGUCUUGCGCAAAGCCAAAUUUCACACCCGCAACGGAACCGGUGCCUUGAUUUUGGCGCCAACUCGUGAACUGGCCAUGCAAAUUUACGGAGUCUGUAAGGAGCUAAUGACUGAGAAGUCGACCAUGACCUACGGUCUCAUCAUGGGUGGAUCCAACCGAAAGACAGAAGCGGAGCGAUUGCGCAAGGGAGUUAACAUCAUUAUUGCCACUCCUGGCCGUUUGUUGGAUCACUUGCAAAACUCUCCUGGGUUUGUAACUCGCAACCUUUUAGUCUUUUGUAUGGACGAGGCUGAUCGUAUUUUGGAAAUUGGUUUCGAAGAUGAUUUGAGAGCCAUUGUCAAGAUGCUUCCCAAGGAACGACAAACCAUGCUCUUUUCGGCAACCCAAACAAAGCAAAUCGAAGAUUUGGCACGAUUGUCCAUCAACCCAAAGACGGCAAUCUAUGUUGAGGUCGAAUCGGAGAAUAAGGAAGCUACUGUCCAAAACUUGGAGCAAGGCUAUGUCACCUGUCCUUCCGACAAACGAUUCUUGUUGCUCUUUACAUUCCUCAAGAAGAACAAAAACAAGAAGAUCAUGGUGUUCUUGUCGUCUUGUAACUCGGUCAAGUUCCAUGCUGAACUUCUAAAUUACAUUGAUAUUCCCGUCUUGGACAUUCAUGGCCGACAAAAGCAAGUCAAGCGUACCACCACCUUUUUUCAAUUCCAAAAGGCCAAAACUGCUACGCUGUUGUGUACGGAUGUGGCCGCCCGAGGUUUGGACAUUCCUGAGGUAGAUUGGAUCAUUCAAUUCGAUCCUCCAGAUGAUCCAAGAGAAUACAUCCACCGAGUGGGACGAACGGCUCGUGGAGCCACUGGUUCGGGACGAGCCUUGAUGUUUUUGACUCCCCAAGAAACUGGCUUUUUGCGAUACUUGCAAGCCAAGGCCAAGGUCACCCUCAAUGAAUACGAAUUCCCCACCUCCAAGAUUGCCAAUGUCCAAUCCCAAUUGCAAUCCUUGAUUGAAAAGAACUACUACUUGAACAAGGCUGCCCGAGAAGCUUACCGAAGCUAUUUGCUUGCCUACGCCAGUCAUUCCCAACGGGAUAUCUUUGAUGUGCACGAGUUGGAUUUGCAAGCCGUAGGCAGGGCCUUUGGAUUCACCUCUCCUCCCCGCGUCGACUUGGCGUUUUCGGCCCGUGGCAACAAGAGGAAUUCCAAGCAAAUGUCCAACAAGAAGAACAAGCAUCAAGGCGGCACCUCGGGGCACAACUUUAGCGCGUCAAAUCCAUUUGGGAAACGGGAGACUGGCGACAAGAGACAAUUCACAUAUUAA